AGCCAAGUUUCGGCUCAACAUUCCAGCGACCCAAACACGGGAGCAGCCGAAGUGCGCUUUCGAUCAUGCGGAGCUCCGGACUUGUGCUACUCCUCGCCGCUCCGGCGCUCGUUGCGGGCGACACGGACGCCAUCAAGGCCCAGAUCCAGACGCUUCGGAGCCAGCUGAAGUCCCAGCGCGAGCAGAUUGAGGAGCAGCAGCAGCUGCUGACGGAGGCGGAUGGCCGGCGCCUGCAGACCCUGGUCACCCAGACCACCGUGGACACCCAGAUCGCGGCGCUGCAAGCAACCCGCUACGGCUUCAACGGGGCCAUGGACUCGCUGUGGCUGUGCCUCUGCGGGGCCCUGGUGAUGUUCAUGCAUGCGGGCUUCGCAAUGCUGGAGACUGGGUCGUGCCGCGCCAAGAACGCCUCCAACGUGCUGAUGAAGAACUUGGUCAACGUGUGCGUGGGCACCUUGGGCUGGUGGCUCACGGGCUGGGCCUUCGCUUACGGCACCCAGAGCGGCACCGCGCUCUUCGGGUCCAGCGGCUUCGUGGGGGAGGGCUUCUACACCAAGGACGCCUCAGGCAAAAUCACCCCGGUGACCUGCACCUCCGAGGGGUGCCAGAGCACGAUGCUCUCCUGGUUCUUCCAGUGGGCCUUCUGCACAGCCGGGGCCACCAUAGUCAGCGGGGCGGUGGCAGAGCGCGUGAAGGGGCCCACCUAUGCCGCCUUCGCCUUCGUGAUGACCAGCUUCAUCUACCCCAUGGUUGUGGCCUGGAGCUGGGGCGGGGGCUGGAUCUCCACGCUCUUCGACGUGGGCUACAUGGACUUCGCCGGCUCCGGGGUCGUGCACCUCACCGGGGGCGUGGCAGGCCUGGCCGGCACCGUGGUGCUGGGCCCCCGCAAGGGCCGCUUUGUGAAUCCGGAGGACUUCGAGCCCCACAACCUGCCGCUGGUGGUCUUCGGCACCUUCGCUCUCUGGUUCGGGUGGUACGGCUUCAACCCGGGCUCCACCCUGGGCAUGCACGACGGGGCCACGGGUGCACUCGCCGCGCAGGUGGCCAUGAACACCACGCUGGCGGCGGCCACUGGGGGCAUCAGCGUCUUCAUCAUCCGCUAUGCCAUCCUCCGGAAGUACGACGUGGGCGGCCUCUGCAACGGCAUCCUUGCGGGCCUGGUCUCCAUCACCGCGGGCUGCGGCAACAUGGAGAGCGGCUCCGCCUUCGCCACGGGGCUGGUGGGCGCCAUGGUCUACCAGGGCGCCUCCAUGCUGCUCCAGAAGCUGAAGAUCGACGACCCCGUGGACGCGGUCCCCGUGCACGGCUUCUGCGGGAUUUGGGGCUUGCUGGCCACCGCCUUGUUCGACUGGGGCAAGGGCGUGGACCACUACCACGGCUGGAGCGGCUGGGGCUGCAUGCAAACCGCGGACAAGAGCAGCUGCCAGACGGGCAUCGGCGGCACCGCCAUCGGAGCGAAUCUCAUCAUGGCCUUGGUGAUCAUCGCCUGGUCCGGAAGCAUCUCUGCUUUGACCUUCGCCCUGCUCAAGUGGUGGGGCGCCCUCCGUAUCGACGAGGAGACGGAGGAGAUGGGCAUGGACGCCAAGUCCCACUCCCCCGCCAAGGCGUACGCCCUGGAUUUUCCGAACGGUCAGCUGCCGGAGGCCAUGAAGUGGUACGCCUUGCCGCUCCUGGCCACUGGGGCCGCUGUCGCUGCCGGGCAGAGCGAGCUGCUGGCAGAGCUAAAGCAGCUGGAGUCCGAGGUGAAUGCGCAACAGCAGCUGAUCAAGGACCAGCAGGAGUUGCUCGACUCGUAUGAGUCCCACCAGUCCCGCCGGCUCCAGACAAUGGUGAACGAGACCUACUUCAACUCCACGGUGGAGGCGCUCCAAGCCAAGGACUAUUCCCUUGGUGGCGCCAUGGACUCCGCGUGGCUCUGCCUCUGCGGGGCCCUGGUCAUGUUCAUGCACGCCGGCUUCGCGAUGCUGGAAACGGGCUGCUGCCGUGCAAAGAACGCGUCCAACGUGCUCAUGAAGAAUUUGGUCAACGUGUGUGUGGGCACCUUGGGCUGGUGGAGCUUGGGAUGGGCCUUUGCCUACGGCGCGCAGAACGGCAAUGGCUUUAUCGGCACCACCGGCUUCUUCGGCUGGGAUUUCUACAGCCAAGAUGCCACCACCGGGGUGAUCACGCCAGUCACCUGCAACGGGGAUGGCUGCCAGAGCACCAUGCUGAGCUGGUUCUUCCAGUGGGCCUUCUGCACAGCAGGCGCAACCAUCGUGAGCGGAGCAGUUGCGGAGCGCGUGAAGAGCCCCACCUAUGCCGCCUACGCCUUCUUCAUGACCAGCUUCAUCUAUCCCGUCGUUGUGGCGUGGACCUGGGGCGGUGGUUGGCUCGCCAGCAUCUUCGACGUGGGCUACAUGGACUUCGCGGGCUCCGGAGUGGUGCAUCUGACGGGGGGCGUCAGCGGCCUGAUGGGCACCAUCGUGCUGGGGCCGAGGAAGGGCCGCUUUGUGAGUCCGGAGGACUUCGAGCCUCACAACCUGCCGCUGGUGGUGCUGGGCACCUUCGCGCUCUGGUUCGGCUGGUAUGGCUUCAACCCAGGCUCCACCCUUGGCAUGAAGAGCGCCAACGACGGCGCGAUGGCGGCGCAGGUGGCCAUGAACACCACCUUGGCCGCGGCCACCGGGGGCAUCACCGUCUUCAUCCUGCGCUACUGCAUCCUGAGGAAGUACGACGUGGGGGGCCUGUGCAACGGCAUCCUCGCCGGACUGGUGUCCAUCACCGCGGGCUGCGGGAACAUGGAGUGCGGCUCCGCGGUGACCACGGGGUUCAUCGGCGCCUUUGUGUACCAGGCUGCCUCCAUGCUUCUGCAGAAGCUGAAGAUCGACGACCCCGUGGACGCCGCCCCGGUGCACGGCUUCUGCGGGAUUUGGGGCGCUUUGGCCACCGCCCUCUUCGACUGGGGCAAGGGCAUCGACAACUACCACGGCUGGAGCGGCUGGGACUGCAUGGCCGCGAAUGGCAGCUGCAGGCCGGGCAUCGGCGGCACAGCCAUCGGCGCCCAGCUCAUCAUGAUCAUCAUGAUCAUCGUGUGGGCGGGGGGCCUCUCGAGCAUCGCCUUCUUCCUGCUGAAGCUCACCGGCACGCUCCGCAUCUCCGAGGAUGUGGAGGAGGUGGGCAUGGACUCGAAGCACCACUCCCCGCCCAAGGCCUACGCCAUGCAGUGA